UAUAAAUUUUAAAGGACGUUUGAAUCUUUCAAAGCCAACUGUGUUUUUUUUUAAAUAUCUCAAAAUGUUACCCAGUUGUGUUAGAUCUAUUGGAAAAAAGUCUCUAACUAAAAAAGUAAGUUAUUCUUUGUGAAAAUUGAGUCGUAAACAAUUUUCAGAAUAAAGUUCCAGUUUUGGAGGUUAUAAUAAGUUAAUACAAAGUAAAAUAUGGCAAAGAGGAUAAUCACUAAGCUGAAAACCAAUGCAGCUGGUAUAAUUUCCAAGCUCAACAAUGGAUUUGCUUCUGAAGCCACUUUCGAAACAAAACCCUAUAGACUCCAUAAGUUAGAGCAAGGUCCUUCAACUAGUGUCUCUGUUACCAGGGAAGAAGCUUUGAAAUUUUUUCAUCAAAUGCAAACUAUUCGAAGGUUAGAAACUAGUGCUGGAAAUUUAUACAAAGAGAAAAUUGUUAAAGGCUUUUGUCAUUUAUAUUCAGGACAGGAAGCAGUAGCAGUAGGUAUCAAAAGUGCCCUUCGUCCCUAUGACUCGGUAAUAACUGCUUAUAGAGAUCAUGGUUGGUGUUAUUUAUUUGGAGUUAGUGUAGAGGGUGUUUUGACAGAAUUGACAGGCAGAAGAACAGGCUGUGCAAGGGGUAAAGGAGGCUCUAUGCAUAUGUAUACUGAUAACUUUUAUGGUGGCAAUGGAAUUGUUGGAGCCCAGGUACCACUUGGAGUAGGAUUAGCUUUUGCAGCUAAGUAUAAGGGAACUGAUGGUGUGAGUAUUGCCUUGUAUGGAGAUGGUGCCUCUAAUCAAGGACAAGUUUUUGAAGUUUAUAAUAUGGCAAAACUAUGGAAUAUUCCUUGCAUUUUUGUGGCUGAAAAUAAUGGAUAUGGUAUGGGCACCAGUGCCGAAAGAUCUUCGGCAAGUACAGAUUAUUACAGUCGGGGAGAUUACAUUCCAGGAAUCUGGGUGGAUGGUAUGGAUGUUCUGGCUGUAAAAGAAGCCUUCAAUUUUGCCAUUAAUUAUUGCAAGAGUGGAAAAGGUCCUUUAGUCAUAGAAACUGCCACUUACAGGUAUUCUGGACAUUCAAUGUCAGAUCCAGGAACAAGCUAUAGAACUCGUGAAGAAAUCCAAGAAGUAAGACAAACCAGAGAUCCCAUUACAUCUUUCAAGGAAAAAAUUAUAUCAAGCAACCUUGUUACUCCCGAAGAACUCAAGAAAAUGGAAGGAGAAAUAAGAGCUGUUGUUGAUGAAGCAACAAAAAAAGCCAAAACAGAACCUGAAAUUGGAAUGGAUGAGCUGACAGCAGAUAUCUAUGUCAAUAAUCUCGAAGGUGAUAUUAGGAACAUAUCACCUUUCAAUCCAUUAAAACACAAAAGAAUAGGGCCAGCCGUUAAUGCAAAAUAAUUUUUAGAUAAUAAAUCCAUCCUAGCAUUCAUUUUUAAUUAUUUAAAAAGAUCGAUACAGGUGAUAUUUUGUCCAUUUAAUUAUGUGAAUGUUAUUUAUUUUCAAUUCUAUACAAAUUAUAUAUAUUUUAUUUGGAAAUAGACAGGCAAUUAUAAUGAAAAAAAUUAUAUAUUUAUGUUGAAAUUGUUAUUUGUCGAAGGAUAUAUAAAUACAUUUUUUAAGGCGAUAAGCUUUUUAAUUGAUGACUCUUGA